UAUAAACCAAAUAAGGAUGAUUUUAAACUAUAAAUCAUGCAAAGCUGUUUUGUUUGAGAGUUGAACAAUGAAAACAAGGAGAUGGAAACGUGCAACUACACUUUUUAAGCUUUUAGACUCAGUGUCAGUCAUCAUGGAGGAAAGCAGGCGACUGUAGCCCAGCGAAGAGGACAAAAACGCUGCACCCUGCCGCCUCCCGCCUUCCGUUUCGCCUCCUUAUUAUCCCAAAUCGGUGACCACUCAACUACACCAGCACCGGAGACACCCGAGGGGUGACAGCGGCCGAGAUGAAGCAUUUCCUGAGAGUUGUGACCCAGUUCUUUGUGUUCCUCUACUGCAAGUGUCUUUGGCGGGGCCUAAAGUUUGUUGUCAGGAAGUUUACGGGACGCUGUGAGCUACAACGAAUCUGCUACAACAACAAACAUGGAGCCCGCAGGACCCUCAAGAUAGAGUCAUCUCUGAGGUACUCCAAGAAUGAGCUGCUGCAGUCUGCCCUCAGCGUCCAUCCUGAUAAAGUAGAGAAAACCAUCGAUGACAUCAUGGCCUUGAAGAAAAUUAACCCUGACACCAACCCACAGCUCGGCAUCUCUCUGCAGGCCAGCCUGCUGCAGAUUGUGGGCUACAGGAGCCUGGUGGCAGAGGUGGAGAAGCUACGCAGGGAGCCUUAUGACUGCGAAAAUCCUGAGCAUGAGGAAAUGCUGAUGAAGCUAUGGAAAGAGCUGCGCCCUGACACACCUCUCACGGGUCGCAUAUCCAAACAGUGGUGUGAGAUUGGUUUCCAGGGCAGCGAUCCAAAGACUGAUUUCAGGGGCAUGGGACUGCUGGGCCUGCACAACCUGCUGUAUUUUGCUGAACACGACAAGGCUACCGCCCUGCAGAUGCUCCAUGAUUCCCUCCAACCAAAGCACAAGAGCACACACAGAAACCCAAGCGAGGUAAACAAGCCUGAAUGGGAACAGAAGAACCUUGACAAAGCGAUUGGGUAUUCCUUUGCCAUUGUGGGCAUUAACAUCACAGAUUUGGCCUACUCUCUGCUGGUGAGUGGAGCUCUGAAGACCCAUCUGUACAACGUGGCUCCAGAGAUGCCCAGCCUGCUGCACUUCCAGCAGACCUUCUGUUACCUGAUGCAGGAGUUCCACCGCUUCUGGAUUGAGGAGGAUCCCAGCGACAUCAUGGAGUUCAACCGAGUCCGCUCCAAGUUCCACCGACGGAUCCUGCGACAGCUGAAGAACCCAGACAUGGCUCUGUGUCCCCACUUCUCCGCCUCCGAUCUCCACCUUGUCAACCUCUAAACACCCCCUUGGUCCCAUGUCUCCCCAAUCAUCACCCUCACUGAGCCCUUCAUACCCCCACAGAGGUCUCCCUUCUUCAUACCCCCACAGAGGUCUCCCUUCUUCAUACCCCCACAGAGGUCUCCCUUCUUCAUAAACCCCACAGAGGUCUCCCUUAGAUGUCUGGUAGGCCAUCAAUAAAUCAGAAACAGCCUCACAGUCACAGAGAUGGUUCCUCAAACUGCUGGACACAUCUGGGAAAGCUCUGUUCCAUGUCUGCUCAGCCCAACACGUCCCAGCUAACGUCAUGUCGCAUCACUGCCAACAGCUUAACUCAACCACACACACACACCUACAUACACACAAACAGAAUAUAACCUUAGACAGGAUCUUAGUAAUUUAAAAUUGGGACUUUUCCCUCAGACUUCCCACAUUGUAAACAGAUGUUUGACCCCAAAAAAUAAAUUUAAAAAAGAAGUGCACACACAUACACACUGCCUAUCUGCCCUCACUGCAGCGUUAGACCACCAGCAUCAGAGAUGACCAUAGCGAUUGUAGCUGUGCAUGAGGAGGCUGGCACCACACCAUCACUACACUCAUUGUUGUUGCUUUAAGGACUCAUAACGAUUGUAUCACAGCCGUUACACCUCAGUUAUGAACCCUUUUUGUUUAAUUUAAUAACAAACCAAAUUUACUUUAUCAGCCAAAAACAGCUAUUAGAUAGAUUGCGACGUAUUGAUCAGCAGUUUGGAAUAUUUUGACGGUUAGUGCACUGACUAUCAGAGACGAAGACAUAUAGAUAUAUGAAAAGGUGUGAUUUAUGGGGCAGGGGGGUGUUUUUGAUCCUUUUUAGGAGGGGAUGAAUUCCAACUAAGUUCAGGAGCUGCUGAAUUUACAAAAAAAUCCUCUGAACCUCUAUUUAAAUUUCAAUUUGCAUCUCAGUCUCAUGUUUUUGUCUGUGGAGACAGAUGCAAUCAAACAUAAUAUAAAAGUUUAUUCCAGUUUUAUAUGUCAUUUGGCCACACUUAAAUAUUUUAUAUCCAGUUAAAUUGGAGCGGAACUCCCACAAGAUCUUCUGUCACAGUGGUGCUGUGUCUAUUUCUGACUGUUUUGAAGUUGCAUUCAUAAAAUUACUUAGCAGUGUAGAUAAAUUCUGCCCCAAUUGGGACUAAAAAUAAUUCAGCAGAUAUGAGAAUAUGUAGACCAGAGGAGAAAAAUCCCCCUCAUCAAAUCAAAGAGGGCCACUUCACCUCUAAACUCUGUUUUACGAACUGCCACAGAUGGUGUCUAAUGACAUCAAUACCUAAGAUUUCUCCUUGCCAAAAUAUCAAAUGUGGAGCAGCAGUUUUGCUUAAAUUUCAUUUUUGCAAACCUGCUAAAUUAUGUUUUUAAAUAUUUUAUGAACCUUACUCGAUGUGUGGCAUUUGGCAGCCCUGCUCCCAGCUUGGAUAGUAGAAAUCUAAAUAUGUAUGUUGUGAACAUUUUCUACAGGUUUGCAAAAGCUUUUUGCCUUUGAUUUGACUCCAUGCAGAGAUUCUGUUAUGAAUGUUUCUCACAUCCACGAUUGUUUGAUUCUUUUUGUAUUCAUUGAAUGUGACACUGUGUCCACUGUUGUAUCAGCCAAAGCAAUAAUUUACACUCAUUUCACUGCACAUUUCUUUAAAAUGUGUUUAUUUGCACCAUGCGUGCCUGAGUAUUUUGUUUAACUUUCUGACUCAGAGCUGGAAUGCUAAUCAGUUUACACAAGCCACAUGCAGAGCUGAAUAGAGGUGAAAUGUCACCACAUUACCUUUGAAACAUUAGUAUAAUUACUGUAGACAAAGGGUUCCUCAGCUAUGGCAGCGAUUGUGCUGCGUUUAACAAUGCUGGAAUUUGGCAAGACAUUUAAAUGCAGAGUUGCUCCAUAGGGAGUUUAUUAAGUGACUGCUGCUAAAACAGAGGAGAGCUGACAGUGAAAGUUUAAAAUGCAACACGAUGGAGGUGUUGACCUGCCAGUCAAUACACCACCUGCAGAGCUCUCACUGUCACACUGACAAAAAUGUUUUUCUUUUCUUUGUGCUACCAUCAGCAUCUGACUGAUGGAGCUACCAUCAGCCUCCUAGUGAGAGCAAUAUGAUGCUGAUGGUGCAGAUUUUUCAUAUUUUUGUUUAAAGUUAACCCCUAUUUUUAUUUAAAAAACAUGUUUAAGAUGUGCAAGAAUAACCUGAACAAGAAAACUAUGAGAAAUACACUCACUGGCUACUUCAUUAGGUACACAGUUCAACUCAUUGCUAAUGCAAAUGUUAAAUCAACCACAUGGAAGCAGCUCGGUGUAAUUAGGAAUAUAGACAUGGUCAAGAUGACCUGCUCAAAAUUACUAAUUGAAUUGGAAAAAGAAGACUGACAAUUAUAUCUGACGACUGUGAAUUUCUGCUGCAACAUUCAGAUGGUAGGGUCAGUUGAGCAUUGUUUAGCCACCAAGCAGCCUAGCUGAAUAUGGUUGAUAACUGUGCGCAUACCUUUAUGAUCGUAGUCCACCUAUCUUCUAAUGGCUGCUUCCAUUAGGUUAACGUGUCAUGUUGCAAAGCUCAAAUCAUCUGAAACUGGUUUCUUGAGCAUCAAAACGAGUUCACUCCACAUAAAUGUUGACUCCAGAGUCACCAGAGCUCAAUCCAAUAGAGCCACUUUGGGAUGUGGUGGUACUAGCCAGGUGUUACUGGUAUGAGGUGGCCAGUGAGUGGAUCACAAAUUAGCAUUCAGGAAAAAUGCAGUUAUAUAUUUGGGUUACAUUCUCAAUGAGAACCCUAAUUAACAUUUUUAAUUGACUGUUAUUUUAUUACUGAUGUGAGAACAGAUAACAGGUAACAUAACUUAGAAAAUGAUUCCUGUGUAAAACACGGAGUGGGAUUUGUCCUUGAAAAUCCAAAGCAUGACCUUUAUGCUAGCUCCAGAGUGCCUUCCCUUACCACCUCUCGUUCACUCCCAAAGACAAGAACUAAUCAAUGCUAACUUAAAUAGAGUCCACUAAUAUCGUACACAACAUUAAGCCUGAAGACACCCAGGUUAAUCUAGUAAAGUCCUGCUAGCCAAAAGAAGACAUGGCCGAUGUUAGGGCAAACCUAGGGUCAGCAUCAGCAGGGCACUUAAUUGAUACUGGGAUCUUUAUUUUAAAUUUGAUGGCCCUGAACUCUCGUUCUUCAAUUCUUGCUCUGUAAUUCUUCAUUACGAUUUCUUUUUUAUUAAACUGUUUUCUAAUUCAAAAAUAGGGAAAAAUACACGGUCUAAACAACAUGAACAAAACUUUUUACAGGAAAUAUUUUCCCCUCUUGAUAAUUAGCAUGUGGACCCAGGACCACUGCAGCUGUCUUAUUUGUCACACAGCUGUUACCUUAGGUCCUUUUAUAGAGACAGACUUGGGUAAUAUUCAGUUCAUUGUCUCUGGAGCAGCAUUUUGAUUUUUGUAUCUCAGCUCUGAGCCACACUCUCACUUUUUCACCAAAUGGUUAAAGCCCACGUCUUUCCUGGAACACAUAACCACUGUAUUUAACAUGCUUUGACAAAUGUACUCAUCACAUUACUGAAAGAAAUACAACACAAGCAUUAAUUUUACAUCCAUGCUUGCACUGUUGAUUGUGUUGAACAGUACUGAAUACCUUUGUUCCUUUUGAAGUGAAUGUCAAAGCUUUUUGUCAGUAUUACGCAGCUGAUUUCUUUAGUGAAUGUCAGCGCCGAUUUUAUCUCCUGCUUGCAUUUGCUUUGCUUUACUGUGGUCAGCUUUGCACUACUGUAAAAAUAUAAAUGCAGUUUCCUUUAUGUUAAUAAAUCAGUAAUUUGUGGUGUGAGGGCCGACGUGUCCAAUGAUACUGUAGAUGAAGUUAGAUACAUGCUGCUGUAUAUUCUGCUUUGAAACUGCCUAAGAGACCUCGAUCUGCAUGAUACGUUCACGGUCGCUGCUUUGACAUUGUGUAUUCUUCAGUAAAGUACUUGAAUAUUGUAGCGUGCUUCAUUUGUUUGUGCUGUACUUUUUGAGAUCACAAUAAAGAUCAAAGGAGAGUUAAA